AUGAAUAGUGAAGCGCUCACCUUGAAUAAUGUGAGACUGGAAAUUGAAACUGCUGUAACCCAGAUGGAAUUGCUUAAAGUACCAGAACUAAAAUCUGUGUGUAAAUCUGUUGGAAUUACUAUUGGGAAAUCAAUGCGUAAAGCUGCCGUACAGGAUAUUUUGAGAACCUUCAUCAAUAAUGCCAUUACAGGCAGCGAUAUAGAUAAGUGGAGGCCUCAAGCCAUAAUAAUCAUGAUAGCAUAUAUAAAACGAUCAUUACCUGUGCCGAACUAUAAACAGGUGCAUAGACAAUUAGAGUUGGGGAAAACCUUUGAAGAAAUUAGUGCAUCCAGUCCCACCUCACUAUCAACAAGUACUUACAGUGCAAAACCAGCUGUGGAUACUAUGCAUUUCAAAGAAUGCCCAUUUUACAAAUUAAAGAAAUUGAUUCCUGAGACAGCUCAACCUAUCCGUGUGACUAAUCAAAGAGGAAUUGCAAUGGCUAAAUUCUACCUUCAUGCUGAUGAUUGGAAUUUACUUAAAAGAAAUGGGAAAUAUAAACUGUAUCUCUUUAGUGGGAUGCACAACCCAUUGGGAUCUCGUGGUAAUGAGCCUAUACAAUUCCCACUACGUAAUGAGAUCAGAUUCAAUAAUAUUCAAGUGAAGGAUAAUGUUCGAGGAUUAAAAAAUAAAAUUGGAACGGCAAAGCCAGCAGAUUUAACUCCUUACAUUAAACCAGUAAAUCAGCAAAAUAUAUUGCAACUAAUAUAUGCAUUUACAGAGCAGGAGUAUAGGAUGUAUUGUUAUAUUGUGGAAUUAGUUGAUCCGGAAGAAUUGCUAAAACAAGUAUUGCAUCAACCAAAGAUUCUCAAACAGGCCACUUUACAUUAUAUUGCUAAUGAGUUAAAUGCAGAUGAAGAUGCAGACAUCAUAACAACGUCGAUUACAAUGAGUUUGCAAUGCCCAAUUUCUUAUACAAGAAUGAAAUACCCUGCAAAAUCCAUCAUGUGUAAGCAUAUUCAAUGUUUUGAUGCAUUAUGGUUUAUCCAUUCUCAGUUGCAAGUUCCAACCUGGCAAUGCCCCAUCUGUCAAGUGAGAAUAACGCUAAAGGAUUUAGCAAUUAGUGAAUUCGUAGAUAAUAUUUUGAAGACAUGUGACGAGAGAGUUGAGCAAGUUGAGUUAGAUAGAGAUGGUAAUUGGGUUGCUUGUAAAGUGGAAGAUGACAAUAAUGAUAAUGACAGGACGAGCAAUUCUUCACAGUCAGAUGUUAAAGAUGAGCAUCCUGACAAAGUAAUACCGAAAGAAAACGUUCAAAAACACUCCGACAAUAAGUCAAAUGAACAAGUUAUUAUAUCAUUAGAUAGUGAUGACGAUAGUGAGAUAAGAGAACAAAAUGAUAGAGAAACGGUAGAUCAACUAACGUCAAUCCGAGUGACAAAUCCAUUCUUAGACAAUAAUGUUGCCAGGAAAACGUUAGAUCCAAGUGUAAAUGAAGCGGUGGCAACGCCCACGAAACCCCAUCCUAGGGCCGAAGACAGUAUUAAUUUUAUCGAACCAUUCAAGGAAAAUGUACCUAAUUUAUUGGGUAGGACACCUUUAAACACAAAAGUAGUAGGUUCAAAUGAAGUCAGCGACCCUUCAUCACAUAUAAGCAGAGAGGAAAGGAAUACGAGAUUUCCAUCCACAACAUCAACUGUCAUUAUAACGGCACCAUCUCAAAAACAUAAAGAGCCAACAGAGACUCUUCUCUCAAACGGAGGAAAUACUACGAAUAUAAUAAAAGAUUCUAACGGAGACUUUCGUUUUUUUGAAGAAAAUAGGAACUCUUCUAGCACAGACACGACCGACAACGUUGGACAUUCAUUGGUUCUUCCACCAUUGCCAUCACUGCCUCGCAUUGCUGUAAAGCCCAAUUUGCCAGAGUCAACAUCUGUGGUUUCGAGGAUGCCAUCUGUAAGUAAACCAAUUAUAUCACCGUUUAUUCCAAGGAGACAGUUUUCCAAUGCUGGCUCCGCAGAUGCAAUUCUUCCUCAAAAGAGACAAUUAUCUAUGUCUUCAACCACUUCAACGGCUGGAUCACUGCCGCCGACUUUCCCUUUCAAUCACCUUCACGAUACUACAGGAUAUGUUUCUCCAAGUGGGCCACUAGAAGAAUAG